CUCCUCUCAACUUUUAGAAAUAUAUAUAUAUUAUAUAUAUUAUAUGAUACAAAGAUUUUCAACAACAGCAUCAGGUGAACCAGGUAGUGGCACACUUAUUUGUCAAUGUUAUGACGAUAAAACCAAGUUUUCAAGAAUCCAUGCACAAUACCCACUCAAGUUUAUACCCACACGCGGCCAUGCUGAGCGUUUAGCUGUAGUAUAUAUGAUCAGUUAUGGUGGUGGUAUCGUCAGUGGCGAUCGGUUCAAUAUAUCGAUUGAUAUCUUACCCAAGGCUAUUCUACUACUAUUGACUCAAGGCAAUACAAAAGUAUUCAAAGAUCGGAUUCAUCAACGUCAAUGGAUGACAUUACUUGCACAAAGGACACAACCCUCUUUACCUUUUCAACCUACUCUACCAUCAACUCCAACUCCAACACCAUCAAAGAUAACAAGGGCAACACCAGAACAAACAUCUAUCCAAUCUAUCAGGGCAAAAGUAUCAGCAGGAGGCAUAUUAUUGAUCAUCCCGGAUCCAGUGACUUCAUUCGCCGAAUCUUCUUUUACUUCACGACAGGAAUUACAAUUGGAAGACGAUACUUCUCAGCUAGUACUCUUGGAUUGGUUCACUAGUGGACGACAUACACGAGGAGAAAAUUGGGCAUUUCAUUAUUAUGCUAGUAGAAUUGAUAUACGUGUGAAGGGACGUUUGGUGAUCAAGGAUCAUAUGGUAUUAGAGGAUGACAAUACUCAACAAAAAGAAGAAACAUCUUAUGCAGCCAAGCUACGUCCUUAUACUUGUUUCGCCACAUUGAUCAUUAUCGCUAACAAAUCAUCAUCAUUAUCAUCAGAUCAAUCGUCCUUGUAUCAAUCCAUCAAAAGAAUCAUUCAUCAAGCUGAGGAAAUGCGAAUGCUGCCACAUGCUAUGAAGGAACAACGCGAUUUACUUUGGUCUGUCAGUCCUCUCUUGGAUCAACGUGGUGUAUUAGUACGCAUUGCUGGUAUGACUACUGAAAUGGUACGGGAUUUUGUCAAGCUGGAAUGUCUGGGUCAAGGUUUGAAGGAUAUCGUUGGUGAUGGCAUGUUUGGCAAGAUUUUGAUGUAGUAUGGUAUAAUAUAUAAUGUAGUAUAGAUUUAUUCAAUGUCUGUUUUAUAUGAUAGAAGCUAUUUUUUUAUUUAUUAUGUGAAUUCAAUAAAAAUAUCUACCUUCUUUUUCAAAAAAAAAAAAAAAAAUGCCAACGAUAAA